AUGUCGCGCGAACAGUACCAAGUCCCCAGCGGCUCCCCUACCACCGAUGGCAGCGCCUUCAAGGUCGCCACGCGCGACUACGUCGGCGGGAGCGGUGACAACACCAUGCACUACCUCUGUGGCGACUGCGCCGCGCGGGUGCCACUAGACAAGGGCGCGCCGAUCCGCUGCCAAAGGUGUGGCGGUCGCGUACUGUACAAAGAGCGGACUAAGCGGAUGGUUCAGUUCGAGGCGCGGUAG